UAUUCUCUUCAGCCCACAUAUUCCUCCCCUACCUACAACUUUGCAAGAGCCCUUCCUAUGGAGACAGUCGCAAUCCCUGCAUGCACUUAACCCUUUCUUCUGCCUUUUGUUUUAAGAUUUAUUUGGGGGUGGGGUGAACAGAGGGAGAGAAUCCCCAGGUUUCCUGCUGAGCGCGGAGGCUGCAAGCCUAGAUCCCAGGACCCAUGAGAUCACCAUCCCAGCUCAGACCAAGAAUCCCACGCUCAAUGACUGAGCCACCCAGGAGCCCCUAAACCUUUCCUCUACUUUAUGCUUCUAAUAGGACUGGAGGGCAAGAGGAGAAUCCUGCCCUUGAAAUCUGGAAUACUUCUAUAAAGAAGAACUUUCUCACAUUUAUGUGGGUUACUUUGAGGUACAUCUAUUCUAGAAAGGGUAACCAUAAGAAAUGAAUUUUAAUGUCUGGAAUAUCAAAGAAAUGCUCAGUAUUCCUUCUGGCUCUGGGACCACUAAGUCAUCUAGCUGGAAUAAUAAUCAGACUGAUCACUCUAGUCUCAGUGAUUCUCAGUUCCUCUUUGGAUCACAGUUCUGUCCAGAAAGUUCAGAGACUCUGUCAGCACCCUUGGACUUUGGUGUCCACUUGAGACAUCCAAAACAGUCACAACCGAAUUCUCUGGACAGUGAGCCUAGUAUUUUCACAAAGUACCAGACAAAACCCCAGCUGUUUGGAGGAGAUACACAAGAUAGAGGUUUAUUUCCUCUUCCUUUGUCAGUUGGAAAAUCAAAAGGCCUUUUGGAACAGUUUGAAGAGAAAAAGAAAAGGGCAAAAGACAAAUGUGACAGUGAGACUCUAUACAACUUCAUUUCCCAUAUCAGAGAAAGCAUUCACAGGUUGCAGACAUCUGUGGAAAAAUCUGAGGAACAUCUCAGUUCAAGAAGCCAAACAAUUUUGGAUUGUUUGGAGACUGUGACUAAGACAUUGCAAGAGACUGUACAGGCCCAUAGUGAUCUGGUGUUGGAAACAGUGCAUGACAAAGGCAACAUGGAGCAGGUCAUCUCUGAGAUACAGAAGAGAUUUGAAGCUAGACAAGCAGAAUUUAUAGAAAUGAAAUCUGACCUGAAGCACCUUGAAGUUUUAGUUGCCCAGCAGAGUAAGGACUUCCAGCAGCUGUGUGAGCAGCUAGGCCAGCUGAAUGUGGCCAGUGUCCUAGCAGAGCUGAAGAGAUUGAUUUCAGUCCCUUGGGUACUGGGGCAUGUGAAAGACAGCACUUCCCAGACCUCACCACCUCUGGCCCAGAGUCUCAAUUUCACCAGGCACGACAGAUAUGCUUCUGAAGAACCAGUUAUGUGGCAGGCUCAGGCCCUCCCUGGUACAUGGAAUCUGAAUAUGGGCUCCCUGCAGCCUGGAGAGUUUCGUGUCCUAAGUGAGGGAGCAAAAAGUGAUACUCUCCAAGAAGAGACUUCACUGAUGGCAGCUGGAACCAGCAAAAGAAACAGGCAAGGAAAGGACAAGGCAGUGCAGACCAACUGCGAGAACCGGACUCUGACUAAAACCAGUUCUGAGUACCAUGGCUCUGGUUUCCCAGGCUGCAAAGUUCCUGGUGAUAGGGACUGGGUUUCCCAAAGAGCCUCAAGGCUUAUACCCCUGGACUUAAACAACUUUGAAACCUGCAUUAAGAACACCUGCCAAAAAUGUCAAGGUGUGUUUCCGUGUGACCUUUGUGAACAAAAGUUGAGGGCUGCACAGAAAUGCAAAACUGUGGAAAGAGGGGGGAAAGGCAAGAAACAGCAGCCCAGGAAAUCCCACAGAGGCAGGCUCCUAGCCAGGAAACAAGAACAAACCCCUAGCAAAAACUGUGCUGUCAUUUCUAAAUAUCCUCAGCCUCCAGUUUCUGGCCCAGAAAGGUCCCCCCUGGAGCAGCAGGAGCCCCUUGCUCAGCCCCUGCAUUUGUGGGACCCCAGGAGCCCCACAAAGCUAGUCAGCCCUGUUCUGGCAGGAACAGUCAUGCCCUGUAAGACAAUGAGAGCAGCGAAAAGGAAUAUCUUACAGCUCAGUGGGUGUUCUUCCCUAGACAACAGCCUACUCUCUAACAGUUCCCACGGGGACCACCAUAUGAGUUGGUUCAGUGACCUCAACCUUGGAAGUUCAGAGCGCCCUCUGAGCAAGGAGCCAGGGAAGAAUAUGCUCUAUGAUCUGGGUUUUGAUAGCAGUGAUGAUGGCUUCUGACCAGCCCACAUAAUGGCUUUAGCUGAUAGUUUAUUGGUCUCAGCUGGAAAGACAAAUUAUAGCACACUGGGGCUGGCUA